AUGACGAUGGAGAACGGUCUUGAUACAGGUACAAUUGUCGGACGGAAUGUUCUCGACAGUUACAAUCCAUUACAGAGCGAGGCGAAGGGGGACUACAAACAGAUCAUCUUGAGUACGACUUCUCCUAACUCUUCUAGCGGACUCGGCGCGCGUGCCCGGAUCCUUCGAGCGUCUGAUGUGCUACUAUCGUUGGCUGGCAGGACGCAUGAUGCAACUGAGAAAUUUGCCGGUAUCGAAAGUUUCCAGGAAACGCUGCGCCUUUUCCCAUCCCUCAGAAAUGACGACGGGACCGCACUCAAUGCGGGAGAGGCCAAAUGCCCUGACUGUGAUGCUGUCUUCUCCGCGUACGACCGCAUUCCCAUAUCCUUGCGCGAAAUGCCUGUUGACAGAGACUACCAGCGACGAACUGAAACAACACUAUUUGACACGGUAUUGCCCAGGUACGGCUGUGGCAGUCUACAUGAUGACGCGGGAUCGGUUAUCGCUUGGAAAAACGGUUCAUACCUCUUGACUCUCGCCCACUCCGGUUCUUCUGCGAGCAUUGUGAAUCCUCAUUCGCUGCUGGAGAUAGGGACGAAGUCGUAG